CAACGCUGAGCCCUGUUUCCCUUUUUUCUAUUUCAGAUGGGAGCGUGUUUCUCUAAAGUGUUUGACGGCUGUCCUCUGAAGAUCAACUGUGCCACGUCAUGGAUUCAUCCGGACACCAAAGAUCAGUACCUCAUCUUUGGGACGGAGGAUGGCAUCUACACGCUGAAUCUUAACGAGCUGCAUGAAGCCACAAUGGAGCAGCUGUUCCCGAGGAAAUGCACAUGGCUGUACGUCAUCAACAACAACCUGAUGUCCCUAUCUGGUGAGUGAUGGAUCCUCACAGCUUCCUGCUUCACUGUCAUAACCUGCUGCUCUGUUCUGUUCUGUUGUCUGGAAGAACAGUCUCUCCAUACCUGCAGCUUCUGCUGUCUGGAAGAACAGUCUCUCCAUACCUGCAGCUUCUGUUGUCUGGAAGAACAGUCUCUCCAUACCUGCAGCUUCUGUUGUCUGGAAGAACAGUCUCUCCAUACAUGUAGCUUCUGUUGUCUGGAAGAACAGUCUCUCCAUACCUGUAGCUUCUGUUGUCUGGAAGAACAGUCUCUCCAUACCUGUAGCUUCUG